UGGAGGGUGAGGGGGGCAGCGAGCUCAAGCCCCGCCCCACGGGGGUCCCGCGAGCGCGUGACCUCCGUGAAGGUGGGAACAAGAGCCGCGAACGUUCGGCCUGUGGAACGUGGUGAAUCGCUGCGUGUAUUGGAGGUCACCCGGCCUCGUGUUGCUGCAGCUGCUCCCUGCCCCACGGAACUCACUAGGUGCUCCCAGUUCCAGGGGACUCUUCCCAGCUGGUAGGAGCAGGUGUCCCACCCCGGUCACUCUACGGAAAAAGGACGUCGUAACCAGUCUUUAAACCAUGAGCUCCCUCACGAUCCACUCCUUCCGGGAGAUGAUGAAAAGCCUGCUGAGCUCAUCCAACUUUGAUCGGGUGUUGAGUAAGAUGACCGUUCUUUCUGCAACUCCUGGAAAGGUUGUUUGUGAAAUGAAAAUAGAGGAGGAGCACACAAACAGAGGUGGCACGUUGCAUGGAGGUUUGACUGCCACACUGGUAGACGUAGUGUCAACAGCAGCAUUGUUGUACACAGAAAGAGGAAUGCCUGGGGUCAGUGUGGAUAUGAACAUUACAUACAUGUCUGCUGCUAAGAUUGGGGAAGAGAUAUUGAUCACUGCUCAGAUUUUGAAACAAGGAAGAAGGCUUGCCUUUGCCAGUGUGGAUGUAACAAACAAGGCGACAGGAAAGUUCGUAGCACAAGGCAGACAUACAAAAUACCUAGGACAUUAAUAUAAGAAAAUGAUAUCUAAAAAGGAAAGUUUGUGCUUAAGAAGCUAGCAUUGAAUUAUUUUUUCUAAUUUAAGCUGUAUCAAGUUACCACGCUCUGAAAGCAGUUAAAUGAUCUAUGUAAAAUGAGUUGGUCUCAGUCUCAUUCCUAGUGGACAAUUGUUCACACUGUAAUUGGCACCACUUCUGAGCUUGUUGCAGUCUUGGUAGAGAGACCAAGGACUGUAGAGACAUGGAGACCAAUGUACUUUUUUUGAGCCUGAAGAUAAGGUCAAUGUUCAGGCUCACUGGUGGGACUGUGUGGGGAAGCUUUCUGCUCCCCAUUCUGUACCUCUCUCAUGCAAACAUGUUUCCAGUCUCCAGGGCUGUCAGUUCAUAACCUUUCAAAAACCAAAGCAACUAACCAACUGCAUUUUUUUGUCCUAUGCUAUAACGUGAUAUUAAAGUAACAGGUGUUACAAAUGCAGUAUUGCUGUUUUAAAUUAUUAAUCUGAAAUAAGAAUAUUUUGCAAAUGGGAAAUGUAAUAUAUUGAGAACAUAGGCAUUUGCCAAAUAUAAAGACUUACCUAACUGAUUAAAAAAUUCAAUAACUUUUCAAGAAGUACACAUUUAAUAAAAGCUCUCAUACUACUACAUUAAGUAAGCUCAUUCAGCCCAGAUGAAGAAACUCGUUUCUGUGUGGAAAGUUGUAUAGUUAUACUGUGCUAGAGCGGUGUUUCUCAUCCUCAGUGGCUCAUGACCUCUAGGGGUGGGAUUGUGCAUCACAAAAUGCAAUCAGGAGGGUUGUAAGGUGUUGAAAAUUUCACAACCAUUCUGAAGCAAAGAACACUUCCAGAAUAACUUUAGGGGCAGCCAAAACCUUAAAGUGUAUGAGGUCAAGUAAUAGUAGUAAUAGUAUAGAGAGUUAUCACUGACAUUUUUAUUCUUUAAUAUAAAAUGGAGGGGGGUCAACUUUUUCCAAAAUGACCAUUACCACCUCUUUUUUUAAAAUUAAUGUAUGUAAAUAUGGCAUGGCUCUGUAUUUAAAAAGUCUGACAUUCUUGCCAAGACAAAUUGACCCAUCCAGUUCUUGCUUUUUAUAUACAGUAAAAUGGAACAAUUUUUUCCUAUUUUUGCCAUUUAAUUCAUUUAAAAAAAACAAACAACAAAAAAAACUUUUCCAGUCAUCAGUAUCUAUUCGAUUUACAGAACGAUCAUACACUAACCAUUUAGUGAAAAUAAAUUAAUUUUAAUUAAUAGUAUUGCACCCAUGUCGUUUUAACUGACUGAAAGAAAAUCUGCCAUUCUGCAAUUAUAUACCUUUGUCUUAAGUAGGCUAUUGCCUUAUCUGUGCACUGAAACAAAUCAAGCUCUGUCUCUACCAUGCCAUCUAAUAAAAACAUAGGCCCUUCCCACAUGGAAUCAAACACUGUUACUGUUGGAGAUGAGUGAAUAAUGGGGGAAAUGAUUAACUGAAUAUUUUAUUUGCAAAAGUUGACAAAAUUAAUCAAUUCUAUGACUAGAGUUAGAAAUUCAUCAAUGACAUGAACUAUUGCAGUAAACAGGUUAGCCACUAUCCUCUAGUCAUAUCAGUCAAAACUUCCAUUUUCUUCAUUGCUGCUUAUGUUGGUGAUGGAAUAGAGAAUGAGGCGGUCUGUAUUCAGAAGGCAUCUGUGUAGCUUUGGAAACAGAAUUUAGACUUCAAUGGGAGUAUAAUGAGUGCAGGAUCAGGCCAUUAGCAUUUACCUUUGCUGUAAUUCUAAUGCAGUCCUUUAUGUUGCAUUUAGUCCCUGUUGAAUAAUUAAGAAAAUGGGAUAUAAGUGUUGUUAAGCAGGCCACUUGUUUUGGAUGAAGCUGUUAACUCAUUUUAAAGCAUCUUUGAAUGUUUACAUCCCUCACAGUUUAUGCAGUUUGAUAAAUGGGGGGCGGGGAGAGAGAGAGAGAUAUGAGAUACUUGACUAGAGAACCUAUCUUGGUCUGUAGACCAAAAUCAGACCCUUACAUGACCAGGGUUGCCAACUCUCCAGGAUUGUCCUGGAGUCUCUAGGAAUUAAAGAUUGUCAUGUGAUGAAACCUUGAGGAAUAGGCAUUGCUACACUGUACUACCUUGCUGAGAUAGUCAUUAAGUGUUUUUAAGAAUCUCAUUACUUUCAAAAGUUAUGGAACAUGAAUUGAGCUUUUUAUGCCACACAUGCCUUUCAUUUUCUUUUGAAAAAGAAUAUUUAUUUUCUUUGUGAAAAAGACUUACUAGCAGUCUGUAAAAUGUCAUCUUUGGGUGCCACAUGAUUUGAUUAAAAAUGUAUGUGAAGCAUUGCCAUUUAGUUAAAUCAGUGCUAACUACAGACAGACUUCCAUUUAGAACAAUCUUGCAGAUUGUGAAAGAUACUUCUCAUUUUCUGAAAUGUUAUUUUGAGCAUUGAGAAUCUUAGGGAAAAACAACUGACUGGAAAAGAAGAGUAGUCAGUGCUGCUAGAUAACAGGAUCUCCGAUUGCCUGCACAGCCCUUGUGUCUAUGCACCUAGCUAGCCAAUUACAUACUCCGUGAGAUUGGUUCCUGUCUAAUCACUACUUAUUAUCAAACACUCAUUUCUGGUCUCAGCAGAAAUAAAACUCUAGGGAAACAAAUCAUUGCUAACAACACUGAAUGGCUGUGGAUACAAGAGAUGAGCUAUUAUUAUACAGACAGAUUGGGAAAAAUUUUAUGCUCUAGAGCAGUGGUCUCCAAACUUUUUUGAUCGCGCACCCUUAUCAGUAAAAAAAAUUUUGAGCACGCACCCUCUGCUGCGCAAAAAAAAAAAAAAAAAAAAAACCCACCUCAGACUCCUGCCCAAACUGCCGAAGCAAAAACAAAAAAAACCCACCACGGUCCUCUGCCGCGCACCCCCAAGGAUCCUCUUGCACACUCCACUUUGGAGACCACUGCUCUAGAGUAAGAAGCAGGUGUAAUGACGUAUGUAGAACUUAUCUGCAUUACUGUUCUCUUUAUGCUUUUCUGACUUAUCUUGUGAUUACUGCUACCUAAGCCCUGUGGCUGUACUCAUGAAGCCUCUUGUUUUCAUCAUUUCCUUUGCCCUACUUAGCCCCCAAUAAUUUCACUUGGUCUGAUCAUUUUUAUUCACUUACCUACAUUCUUCCUUAUAACAUCUGGAUAUUUAAAAUGUUUAUAGGAAUUAAUGACAAAGUUGAGAAUUUUUUUCUAGGAGGUAGAUGCUGUGUAUCAGCUAUUCAUUCAUACCAUGAGAAUGUCAUCAUAUUUUAGACAGUUUGACUUUAUACAUGUAACCUGUUCAGUAAAAUAGAAUUUGCACUUAUUUAGAUUGCACUCAGAGUUGGAUUCUGAUAUCCCUACUCUGAAUAGGUUUCCCCUAUUGAAAUGGCAGGGAUUACUCAAAAUAAGGGACUAGUCAUUUUGAGUAAAGAGACCAGAAACUGAGUGCAGGUUAGUCAUAUAUACCUCAGUAUAAUAGCAGUAACAAGUAACUAUGAAAGAGAAAUUCCAGAUCAGAUGUCAGUAAAAAUGACAAACCAGCAUGUGGAAAAUGCCAGAGCUGAAUGGUUCAAAUUCAUUCUGAAUAUCACUAUAAAAGCUUAUUCUCUACUUGGGUUUAUAACAGCAAACACACCAAAAGAUUGAGAGUUAUACUUUUGGACCUCUCAAGUGUCUAGCUAAAGUUAUGGCUGGGAACGCAAGACUAACCUGCUAAGUUGCAUGCUACACUUAAGAUUUUUUUCCAGCAUUAGAGCUGGUUGGAAACUGUAAAAAUGCAGAUUUCUAUUCAUUUCUUGUGUUCUGUCAAUGUGUCAACUAACAGAUAAUGACCUUUAAAAAGUCUGAAAACUA